AUGGCGUCCGAGGACGAGUCGCAAGCCUUCGACACCAACCAUGAGGAUAAAGAUUGGGAGGCACAGAAGGAGAAUUUCCGCAAAUGCUACCUGGACGACAACAUGACAAGGGUAGAAGCCGCGCAGUAUAUGAAAGACCACUUCGAUUUCGACGCCACUCCACGACAGUGGGAGCGCAAGAUCAAGCAAUGGGGUUUCACCAAGUACUCGAGUCGGGAUGAAAGGAUGCAACAGAUCGCGCAGACGGGCAAAUCAAUCUUCGACAUCAGUCGACCGGGUCGGAGGCCUCGCUCGCGGACGGACGAGCGUGGCAACCUCCAUCCCCAUGAGGACCGCAACUUGCGACGGUUUGCUAAGCGGGAGGUUACUCGUUCCCGCUCAAGAUCCAGGUCGCAGUCCUUCACAAGCCGGCCCCAUCCACAGCUCAAGGAUGAACUUCAGCCCGGACCGUCCAACGCAGUGAUAGAUCAGACCUAUAAUCUCAAGCUGUCGAAUCCGGCGUUGCUACACCCACCCAGUAAUGGCGCUUUCAACAUUGCUGCUACGCCGGCCACCGGCGACCAGGAGGAGCCAAUUCAACUGCAUUACCUUCGCGAGGAGAAAUCUCCUGGUUCCGGUGAAGCGAGGGAACCCGAUAUUCUGCUAACGGUGGACAAUGAUGAGGCAUGGCCCGAAGCACCGCUCCCUGAGCUUUCGGACCAGUUCGACUUGGCGAACCAACAAGACCCAUAUCAAGCCUUUUCCGACAGCCUGCUGUCGACACACGGAUUGGUGGAUGGCGAUCUUCACGACGAAACCCUGCAAUAUCCGCUCGACGGCAGUGAACCACCAUUUGAUUUUCCGAUCGCCGAGCAAACAAUGUCCACCUCGGCAGGUUUCGACCCGUUUGCUAUGUCAAGGAGCAACAUGGGGAUCAACCCUGACGCCCUAUCCAAUAUUUUACUACCCACCCAGCAGAUGUAUGGGACGGCAGUCCUCCAGCAAGUACCCAAUGCAUCGUCCUCUUCGAAUCUGACCAAUCCUCCUCUCCUGACAUUUGACCUGGUAGACAUGGACUCUUCAACGAUGCUAUCACCAACUCAAACCACGCCUUUUCCUGAUAUGCCUGAUAUGCCGGGACCAGAUCCAGACCUAUCGCUAGCGGAGAACGGUCCUUUACACAACGAUGUGAUGCCGCUCGUGGAGGACUACACCAGGGCUGUGCAUACCGCAGCUCUAUGGUGUCUUGGCGACCAGCAAUAUGCUGGACAAGUGGCACACAAAUUGACUGCAAGCCUCGAACAACCCGAACAAAUAUUCAAGGCUAGGUUGGCGGUGGUAUUGGAGAAUUUCGCCAAAUCGCAACAGCGGGCAUUCCAGAGCAUGCGGGAUACCUGUAGCAAACUACGACAGAAGAAUGCAAUGCUGGAAAGCAUGAUUAAGGACGGUGAGUAUGAGGCAGUGCCUCCUGUCAUGUCUUUCUGA